AUGUCAAACUUUGCCGAUAAAGGAUUUGUGUUCCAUAACUUGGCUGCAAAGUACCUUUCUUUGUUAACUCUAGCUUUGAGUGAACCGGAAAUCAUCAACUUCAAUUUGAGGGACUAUGCAAAGGGAUUAGUUGAAUACUACAAUUCUACUAUUCAUAGAGUGCCAGAAGAUUGGCUUUCAAAACCAAUUAACUUGGAUGAAGAUUACUCUUCUGAAGAGAUUUCAUAUAUCAAGAAAGUAACCAAUGGAAACUAUGUGCCAGUAGUUUUUGAUGGCUCGCGUUGCAGAAUGAUGAAGAAAAUGAACGAGAAGAAUAUAACUUUGGAAAAGGCAAUUAAGAAGACUUUUAAGAAGUUGAAAUCUUUUGGAAAAACAUCAAAUCAUUUCGAUAGCCAAUCAAGAUAUUUACAAAGUGAAUUUGAUAAAUUACCAAACUUACCAUUUUGGCAAAGAAUUAGAUUACGUUAUCAAAUAAAAUAUCACAAUAAAGCAUUGAAAUAUUUCGAACGUAAUUUCUUGCACGAAGACGGGUUAUUUAAUAGGCCAUGGUUUAAGCAUACCGUAUUUGCAAGUGGAAGAUUCACAGGCUAUGCGGGCCAAAAUUUGCCUGGAUUAAAUGAAGCUAUCGAGGAUGGCAGUUUUGAAAGAUUUGCUGCUUGGCAAAAGAUAUUCUUUAAGACAAUCGAAAGAGUGAGCAAACGCCUUGAUUGA